AUGUCUUCCGAGAAGCCUCUCCCUUUCAUCUACCAGUUUGCGGCUGGUGCCGUCGCUGGAGUCUCUGAGAUUCUGGUUAUGUAUCCCCUGGAUGUCGUGAAGACCCGCAUGCAACUUCAGACAAGUACAGCCGUUGGUGCCGACUCUUACAAUGGCACGCUCGAUUGCUUCCGUAAGAUCAUCAAGAACGAGGGCUUCUCGCGGCUCUACCGCGGCAUCACAGCCCCCAUCUUGAUGGAGGCUCCUAAGCGUGCCACCAAGUUUGCCGCCAACGACGAAUGGGGAAAGUUCUAUCGCAAUGCCUUCGGCCAGGAGAAGAUGACCCAGGGGCUCUCCGUCCUGACCGGUGCCUCGGCUGGUGCCACCGAGUCUUUUGUCGUUGUUCCAUUUGAGUUGAUCAAGAUUCGACUUCAGGACAAGGUCUCGGCGUCCAAGUACAACGGCCCCGUUGACGUUCUCCUCAAGACCGUUAAGAAUGAGGGCAUCCUAGCUUUGUACACCGGAUUGGAGUCUACCAUGUGGAGGCACAUCUUGUGGAAUGCUGGCUACUUUGGCUGCAUUCACCAGGUCCGUCAGCUGCUGCCCAAGGCCGAUACCAAAAAGGGUCAGAUGGCCAGCGACAUUUUGGCGGGAUCAAUAGGAGGAACCGUCGGAACCAUAUUGAACACGGAUGUGGUCAAGUCUCGAAUCCAGAACACCACCAAGGUGCCUGGUGUUACUCCCAAGUACAACUGGGCGUGGCCCGCACUUGGAACAGUCAUGAGGGAAGAGGGCUUUGCUGCUCUUUACAAAGGCACGUCUUUAUUCUCGCCACUCUCCUCAAGCUCUCGAUUCCUUCCCAAGGUUUUGCGUCUUGGCCCCGGAGGUGGUAUCUUGUUGGUUGUCUACGGAGGAGUGAUGGACUUCUUCCGGAAGAUGCGGGACGAGGCAAGCCUGAAGAAGGUGUAA